GAGUUGAGAACUGAAUUACUGCUAAAACGACGAGACACCGAGCAUGACUCGGAGAAAAGAAGAAGGAGGAGAAGAAAGGGACUGAGCGAGGGAACAAACCUGCGGCUGCAGUAGUGAUACAGACCUCUAAAGACGAGAGGAGGCCAACCCUAAGUUUAGCCGGGAGACAGAGCCGGGUGUGGGAGGGUGGGAGUCUUGGGGAAGCUGCAUAGGUGUACGUGUGUGUGGACGGCAAUGUGUGCUCAACAGGACUCUCCCGACCCCAGUCAAGCUGAAAGACUUAAGAGUCUCCGCGUGGACCAGAGACCUCCGCUGCUGCUCAACCUAGCCCUGGCACUGCAGCAUGUUCUGGUGCAGGCCUCUCUGUGUGCACUGGUGGUGGAGGCUUUAGUGCACGAAGAUGAGAGGGAGCGCAUGGCAGCCUCUGUCUUCUUUUACUCUGGGAUUUCUACACUCUUUCAGACGUCUUUUGGAUCAUGUUUGCCAUUGGUCCAGGCACCAUCUCUAGAUUUCCUGGUUCCUGCCCUUGUCCUGUUUUCUGGGCAGACAGCCUGCAGAUGGCAGUGUGACAAAUCGGGAGAUUUUGUGGCACCAACACACCCUGUGAGAGAGCUCCAGGGCAUGGCUGUAGUAGCAGGACUGGUGCAGCUGGGCGUGGGUUUGUCCGGUGUGGGUGGAGCGAUGCAGGGCCAGUGUGGUCCACUCGUCCUGACUCCAGUGCUUUGUAUGCUGGGCUUCUCCAUCUACAGAGAGGCAGCUCUGCUCUGCUCGGGCCACUGGGGCUUUGCUCUGCUGACUGUAGUUUUGCUGGCGGGCCUGUCUCAGCACCUGCGCUCCUGGUCCCUCCCUGCCCGUCUGAGGUUCUUGCACGUCCCAACGCUCAGCACGCUCUCAGUGCUGCUGUCCAUGCUGUUGGUGUGGGCUGUCUGCGCUGCUCUGCACCACUGUGGACAUAUCAGAAUUCAUACUGUGCCUGAACUGCUUUUGAAGCGGACCGACUUCAAUAUGACUCGGAUUCGGUCCUGGGCUGUUGAAAACUCAUCCAGCUUGCCCUCACCAGAUCUCACUGCACCUUGGCUUAGCCUGCCUUUCCCAGGUCUAGGACUCCCCCUGCUGUCUGGCCAGGGCAUUGCUGCUGGAGUGGCAGCAGGCUUGUCGUCUUGUGUGAGCUCCUCAGCAGCAUAUGUGCUAUCAGCCAGACUCCUGAAAGCUCCAACACCUCCAGCAUGGGCCUGUAACAGGGGGCUAAGUGUGGAGGGGCUGGGCAGUGUACUUGCUGGCCUCAUGGGGGCGCCAGCAGGCAUUUGCAGCAGUGUCGCUAAUGCCUGUACCCUGGGCCUCAGCCAGUGUGGGUCACGAGGAACAGUUCAGCUUUCCGGAGUGAUGCUGCUGAUUUUGGGGAUGUUUCUGCCACUGACUCAGCUGCUUACCUCCAUCCCUCUGGCCAUCCACGGUGCAGUGCUUAGCGUGACCUACACCGUGGCCACGGCAACGGGUAUCACAUACCUCCAGUACACGGACGUGGAUUCAGGACGCAACAUUUUCAACACGGGCUUCGUCGUGUUCAUGUCCUUAGUGCUUCCUCGCUGGUUCCGUAUGCAGUUGGGCUUCAUCCACACAAGUGUUCCCGUUCUUGAUGUAUUUCUCCAGUCUUGUUUGAUGCUGCCCAUGUUUUUAGUGGGCUUCCUGGCAUUUCUUCUAGACCACACCGUUUCAGGUUCUCUAUCCGAGAGGGGCCUCGAACGAGAUCAGAGCACAAUGGAGAUACAUUCGUUAGCCGACAAACAGCAAGGAAGCGUCCAGAGCCUAGAGGCUGUGUAUCAGCCCCCCGAGCCUGUGAGGAGACUGCUCCGCCUGCCUGGUCUGUGGCUCCUGCCCUUCUGUGCAUGCAGGAGCCCAGUGAUGGAGAAAGUCGUGGUGACAUCCCCAGAGACAUUCAGCUUAAUGCACAGCGACAGUCGAUGACGUGGUGGUGGUUCUGACAGGAUUAGCGGUCAGUAUGUAAAGAGCAGGACUGCAUUGAUCUUAAUGGAUGGUUACACUUUUGUUCAUUUUACGCUUUGAACUGAGGAGGAUGGUGGAGGGUCUGGGUUCACGUGUAGAGCUGAGCUUCUUACAGACCCAGGUACGCUUAUGUCUUCUGCGAUGCACAGCAUUGAGGAAACAGAUAUUUGUUUGCCUGCCAAAAGAAAUCUUGCUAUGCCCAUACUAAAUAUAACAGGAAAAGAGAAAACAGCGAGGGGGAACACAUAUUUCCAUAUCAUUUAAUUUUGAAAAAUAGAUCUUUAAAUAGUUUUAUGAAUAUUAUAUAAUUUGACAUCUUUCUGGUAAAAAGUUAAUAAUGCCACAAAAAGGUAAAUACAGCAUGUCAGACUGUAUAUAGAGUAUUACUCCAUAAAGCAUACAUAGGGAAUUCAAACUGUAUGGCAUAACACAGGAUGUUUAAUAGUCUGUUUAUUGACACUGUUUGUUGUUCUGAGUGCAUUCAUUGUAGUGAAUAUGGUAUAUUUCAAUAUCCUAACUGGUAUAACUAAUAAAUGUGUGUAUUUUACCCCUUUUUGUAUGCUAUAUGCAGAAAUACAGUGUACAAUGUGACUAUUAAAUACUUGAGAAACUUACAAAGAACAUUUCCAGCAAAAAAACAUGAAACUGAUGACAUCAAUGAGUCCAAGCCAAUGAAUUUGAACCUGAUAGACCAAUGAGAAUAAGGACAGCACAUAAAAAAAACAGAACAGGCCACCAAGAAAAGGCUUUUCCUGAGAUCUUUUAGACCCGGUGGAUUUUGCCUUUUACAAUAACCGCAGAGCUUUUGUUCAGAACUACAUUUAAUUGCAUUUGUGUACAUGUCCCACAGCCUUUUUCCUUUUUCGCCAUCGAACACUUCACUCAAACACCUACAGUAUAAGACAGGCUAAGACCGACUCCCUAUGGUUGAGCCACUGCUUACCUGAGCUAAUUUAUCUACAGUUUACAUCUGCUUUUGCGUUACCUCAGUCAGUAUAAGAAUGUGUGUAAUUGUGUGUAUGUAAAAGUGUGCGUGUUUGUGUGUUUGUGAAUAUGUUCCAGUGUAAGCAGUAAAAGAAACCCAUUUCAAAUUGCUUUUUCUGUGUCGUAUACUUUUACAUGAGGGUUUCUGGUUGUUUUUCCCCAUGGACACAAUCCUCCAGGUUAGAAUCCUCCCCACUUACAGAAUGACUGCAUCUUUAUAGUCUUUAAAGGGGAAAGGCUUUUAUAAGUCAGAAGUUAUUCUGUUCUUCAUUUCAGAUUUUCUUCUUCCUUUCAGAAUCUUUUCUUCAUAUUAUCCCUCCCUCAUUCUUGUCCUCCUUUUGGUCAUACUCUCUCCAUUCAUCACCCUCUUUUCCUUUGCUUUUAAACAGAUAAUUAUCUUUUUCUUUUCACUCACC